GAGAUGACUCCUGAAUGAAUGGGAUGAUAAAUUCCAACUGUUCAGACAAGUGUAGUUGUAUCACUUUGAAACUUUACGGAAGCUGGUAGCAAUUAUUAUGAGCAGCCCUGUAUCUGCUUUACCAGGCAAUCUCUUGAGGUUAAGCCACAGAUAAUUACUCUGGCCUUUAACUGUUAAUGUAUGAAUUAUCACAGAGGUGUUCUUGUCUUGUCAUGAUCUAUCAUAAGUAUGAAGAAUUGUAGCUACUUCAUCUCCAUUCAUAAUAACUGAAAUGGUUGUUUCUAGUUCACUUUUCCAGGAAUAUCUGUUGUAGGUUGUCAGGUUUUUUGGCUUUCUCUUAUUUAAAAUAAGUGUUCUGCAUCCCACUCCUAUUGGAAUAAGUGGCCGUGUGUUAUUUGGGAUCCCUGUUCUGAUUUUUUUUCUACAUGACUUUUCUCCAAAUUUCUCGUCGGUGGUAUGCACUGUGAGUUCCCCAAAAAGGGUGCUCUAACAAAAAAGCUCUAUUUCUGUCUUGAGUUCUGACCUGCCCAACAAAUAUAUAAAAUAACUUGGUAGUAUGGCUCAAGAAAUGCUUGACUGACUACUCAGAUGACUUUAGAAGUCAGCUGUCAGUAUUGAGUAAUCUCUGCAUGAAAUUGAAUUUUACAGUUAUAAUGAAGAUCCACAUGAAAUAAACAUUAAUGGAUGUUCUGAUUACUCAGUUUCCUUGGAAAAGCUUAGCUUCUUUCUAAAGCAUUUUGCCCAAGUUUGGCAAGGUUGAUGAGAAGAUGACUAUCACUCUGUAUUUUUUUGGCUUUCUGUUAAUUAGAGGGCUGUGUUAUUAAUGGCUUCAAGUACACAAUUCUCUCCUGGCCCCCCUGUGCCCAAGGGUUACACGAUAUUUGAAACACUAUUGGAAUUGCAGAUGGAGGUGCCUAGCCUUGCUUUUGCUGUUUGGAUGUUUAUUUGCUUCUAUGCAUCCGUGGAUGGCUAUCCCAGUGGAAAAGUAAGAGAAGCCUGCACUAGCAUGAUACCCUGUCAUGGUAGCUCUCCACAACUGUCACCUGAGCACACCAUUACAGUGAACGCGACUGAAUUUAAACCGGGGGACAACAUAGAAGUUCAUCUGUUUGGACCUGAUUUUGAAGGAUUUUUAUUACAAGCCCGGGAUGCAGAACGCCUGGAUAGCCCUGCAGUUGGUUCUUUCGUGUUAGUUGACCGGAGACUUUCUCAGCUUCUCACAUGUGGCCAUACCAAGAACUCAGCUGUGAGUCACACAAGUAAAACAAAAAAGAAACACAUAAAAGUUUAUUGGAUUGCUCCUGGAGAUGCACCAAAACGUGUACAGUUUCUAGCCACAGUUGUGAAAAAAUACAAGACUUUCUGGGUGAAGAUUCCCGGUCCCAUUAUUUCUCAGCCUAAUGUACCAUCCCCAACAACACUCUCGCAUGUGACGUCGGAGGCUGUAUCAGCUUCACACCCGGUUUCCUACCUAUCAAAACCAUUUAAUGCAUCAGGUUGUGGAAGCACGAAGUUCUGCAUUAGGAACCCUUCCAACUGUGAUCCUGAAGGUGCUUCCUGUUUUUUUCUGUCCUUCCACCAAGAGAAGAGCUCAGUAUUUAUUGAAAUGAGUGGCCCGAGUGAAGGAUAUUUAGCAUUUGCAUUGUCCCAUGACCAGUGGAUGGGUGGUGAUGAUGCAUAUCUGUGUAUUAAUGAGGACCACCGUGUUCACGUAAGCACUGCCUAUCUGAAGGGGCGAAGUCCUCCUGUUUUGGAUUCAGAGAAUGCCCUCGAAGAUGUGUCAUGGAGGCUUGUGGAUGGUGUUCUUCAGUGUUCUUUUAGAAGGAGUAUUCGUCUUCCUGCUUACAAAGGAAGAUUUAAUCUGGAUGCCAGUUACUACAUCUUCCUGGCAGAUGGGGAAGCUAGUGAAGGUGGACGAAUAUACAAACAUCGUCGUCAGCCUCUGAUCACCAACGGAAUUUACAAUGUCACAGGCCUUCCGCGGGAUAUAGGAGGUUCCCGGUCCCCACGACUUAUCAAGGCUCAUGGAGCGCUAAUGUUUGUUGCUUGGAUUACCACAGUUAGUAUUGGUGUUAUUGUUGCACGAUUCUUCAAACCUGUCUGGUCUCAUUCAUUCCUGUUUGGAAAGGAGAUGUGGUUUCAGGUGCAUCGUAUGCUUAUGUUGACCACAGUCAUGCUUACAAGCAUUUCUUUUGUGUUGCCUUUUAUAUACCGAGGAGGUUGGAGCCAACAAGCAGGUUUUCAUCCCUAUCUUGGCUGUACCGUGAUGGCUCUUACAAUCUUUCAACCGCUUAUGGCAGGUUUCAGACCAUCUCGUCAUGCACCAAGGAGGCAAUUGUUUAACUGGUUUCACUGGAGUACUGGUACAACAGCUAGAAUACUAGCUGUGGUGACUAUGUUCUUGGGAAUGGAUCUACCAGCACUUGACCUACCAGACCCGUGGGACACCUAUACAAUGAUUGGUUUUGUAGCUUGGCAUGUCGGUACUGAUGUUCUUCUGGAAGUACACAGCUACUGUCUCGUACGUAAAGUUGAAGUGAUAGAGGAUGACAGAGUACAGAUCCUGCAGUCACUCACUUCUGCAGAAGCAGAGGGUCGUCUGUUUAAACAGAUUGUGCUAACUGUUUAUUUCUGUGGAAAUGCAGUAUUCCUCAUUGCCUUCCUGACAGCAAUCAACCAAAUAUGAAAUAAGCCAUUGAGAAUUUUGUGAUGGAAAAACUGUGCAGUUGAAAAACCAGCAAGGAAUGCUAUUACAGACUUUCCCUCAACAUCUCCCUGAAAAUGUAACUGAAGAAUAAUAGCACAUGUGCAUCAUGCUCUGUGUUAGAGAUAACUUGAAUUCAAAUCUGUAGAAGGAUGCUGCAGUCCUGCAAAAGCUGUCUUCUGAUGGGACUUUUAAUGGAAGUCUUUGCCUGAGUAAGGAAUUAAGUCUAUUUUUUUUAAGUGUAGUAAUUAACUUGAUUGAAGCUUAUAGGUUAAGAAGACUGAGAUGUGCUGAAAAUGCUGUUUUGAUAGUCAGUUCCCUAAACCUUUUGUGAAUAUUAUUGGGAAAACUGGAAAGACUGAUCUGGAAUUUUAUCAUGUCUGUUCACUCUAUUGUGUUCUAAUGGCACGUGAUGUGACAACUUCCUGCUUGUGACAGUUCUGUGCAUUAAAAAAACAAACCACAACUUAGUGAAAAACUGUCACAAAUGCAGGCUGAUGCAUGAGCUAAACACUGUCUAUCUUUGCAGUUAAAUGCAAAAAAUACUCUCUGCUCUAAGAGCAGUUCACUUACACAGGCACGUGGGUUUGGGAACCUCAGUGCUUCAGCAAAGCCACCAUUUGCCUCGCUCAAAAUACUGUUCUGUCCCAUCCCGCUCAGUGCUUCUAAACCAUGAAGGGAAAACAUAUUUGCAAUAUAAGUGCCUUAAAACUAGUUGUACUUGUCCAAAAUUCAAGUAGGAAGAACCUAUCUGUAUGUAUGGAUUUCUGUCUUUUGCUGUCUUUGGUUGCUUGUGGUUUCUGAAUUACUUUUGUUGUUGUUGUGGGUAAGAUGGAUUUAUGUCACUUGAUGCUUAAAUGGAAGUGAAAAUAUUUAAUCAGGAAUGUUGCAGUUUUAUUUGUACUAUUGAGAAAAAUGUAGAUCAGGAGUUGAUUUGACUUCAGGAAAAGCAACUUCUGUUAAGUGAGAGUCCUUUGAGCUGGCAUAUCUAGUAGACAGAACUGUCUUUAUAAGAAUAUGGGAGUGAAUUUUUUUUAGUCAACAAAAGAUUUCUCUAAAUAUAUGAACUAGGUACAAGGAAUGGAAAGAGACUACAUGGUUUAACUUUUUUUGGUUCAUGACUUGCCUGAAUACAGAAAAGCAUCUUGGAAAUGAACCCUUAAUAUGUUGUGCAGCACAGUGCUUUACAUUUUUUUUUUUUUUUUGCAACUCUGAACAGUUUGCUUCCACAAUUCUUUAUUUUUUUAUACUGAGAAGUAUUGAUUUUUUUAGUUGUUAAUGCUUCAGAAUGUGUCUUCAGCCUAAGGCUACUAAAGCUAGCCGGGAAUAAAGGUGUUGGAGUAUUAGAUAGAAUAGUAAAUAGUGAGGCCUGGCUGGGUACAGAUGGCUAGAGCAACGUCUUUCUACUUGCUGAUGGCCAGCCCUAACACACUCAUAUGUGUGGCUCCAGUAGUGGUUCUCUCCAUUUACUGAAACUGCCUGUUUCUGUCUCUUUCUUCAGCUCCCCAAAUCUACAAUUUAGCUUGUUGCAGGGACAAGUCAUAUUCAGAGAACUACAAGUUUGUAGUCAGUGACCUUCUUCUUGGAUGCUCAAAUAUCUGAUGUAGUGAUAAGAACAUUUAUAGAGCUGGGAGUAAUCCCUUUGUCAGUGACAGCAGCAGAAUGCAAGUGAGUGUAAAGUGAUUCAACUCCCUUCCUCCUGGAAGCAGGAAAAGUCACGUGCAGAUUGGGAAAGGGGGACUAUGAAGAAAUAUGGUAAAAUCCAGGCUGAAGCGCAAGAAGUGUAUGGCUAAUUGUGUGGGGUUGUGGGUUUUUUAGAGAACUCUGGUCUCAAAAGCCUGGGAAUCACAGACCCAUCUAGUGUUGAAAGUUUUGGGGGACUCUUUCAUAUACUGUGACUUUAUAGAAGAAAAUCUCUCAACCUAGGCACAAUUGAUGCCUUUUUAAUUUAAAAAAUCAAUGCAGAAUUCUUUCUGUAAUAGAAUAACUGUACUGUGUGGUGUUUCAUUUUCAUGUGACAAUGAACACAGGUUUUUUAAAACAUAAAUGUAAAUAUCUAAAUAAAAGCUUUUGUCCCUUUUAGUAAGGUGAAAACACUUCAAAUAGAAACUAGAAAA